GGUCGCUUGCUAGGUGUUGUCUGCAGUACUUUGCUGACCAUCGCGAUUGUAGCUUAUCGCGUGUCAUUAAUAACCACCACCGAAUAAGAUUUACUAAAACUCAUAAAUAAAUUUUGCAAAAUGCCACGAAGCCAAGUUACCUGACAUAUAGUUUAUAUAAAAAAGACGCCGGUAUGGGCCGGUUCAGUCCAACCGAGAGAUAAAUCUCGGAGUUUUUAGUUUUUAUUAAAAUAUUCCGUGUAUCUGCGCAAAUGCAAGGAUCACGUAGAUUAGGAACAUGCGGGUUCUGUUCGAUGUUAUCCGGUCUCCUCCGGCGCGCGGUAUGCAUAGGAUCGCGUCGAGGCAGCAGCGAGUCCUUCUACCGCGAGCUGGGCAACCAAGACACAGUGAAAAUCGAAGAACGAUCGUCCGAUUUAUCUUCGAAUUCUUCAGACGACGCUGCCAACAUCAGCCCGGACUCGUACCGCAAUGGAGAAGGUGAGCCCGUUUCGAAAAAGUAUGGCCCAACGAGAGGGGAAAGAGCAGAAGAUCGGCACUCUGACAGGGAUAGCCCAGGAGCAGCAGCCUGUCCUUUGAGAGUAAAUAAAAAACGAAAAACGCAAAGCACAUCGGAAGAAGAACCAAUAUUAUGUCCGAAAACGGCUAUCGAAAUUUCAGAAGGAAGUACAGUACACCAAUCGCCACAGUUAUCUGACGACGCCGUUCUGGAAGGAGAUGAAGUCAAUCGGCAGGUGGCUUCUGUUGAGGGCAUGAAAACAGAAUGCAAACGAGAAACAGCACCUCGUACAAAAGAAAUUACAGGUGUCCGCUCGAAAGGAGAAACAGCUUCCACUACAGAAAUAGCAUCUGGAAUCUCAGCUAACUUAGAAAUUUGUAUUCCUUCGAAAUUCCACGCGGAUGGUGUUUUAGAAGAGGAAAAAUCUCCCACUCUGGUAGUGAAAACGAUUUGUAAUCCAAAGGAUGAAACAACUCUCUAUUCGAAAGUAGCUUCUAAGAGUGCAAUAAGUCUUCCAACGAAAGAGAUCACUGGUGGCUCUUUGAAAAGAGAAAAAACUGCUCCUCCAGAACCAGGGACUACAUCGAGUUCAAAGGGCGAUACAAUUUCUCCUCCAAAAAAAUCCACUGGAGCCAUUCCAAAGAGAGUGACCUCUAUCCCUCUAAAACCACCAAGAAUUUCUGCGCCAAAAAGCGAGUCAGCUCCCGCUACAGAAGAGGCCAUUAUAGCCACUGUGGAGGAAGAAACUGUUUUUACCGUUCAAAAAAGCACUGGAGCCAUCCCGAAGAAAGAACCAACAUUUCUUCCCCAAGCGGCAACAGUUCCAACUCCAAAGGGAAGACCAGAUCUCGUUUCGAAACUACCCACAGCUUCCGUUUCGAAAAGAGAAACAGGCAGUCACCAAAAAGUGAUUAAAACUUCCUCUUCAAAGGGAAAAUUAGCUUCUCCUCGGAAAUUGGUAACAGUCUCCACACCAAAGGAUGAAACAGAUAUACAUUCGGAAGUGGCCACAAUCUCCACAUAUGAGGAAGAAACGCUUCCGUCCCUUAAAAAACCUACGGGAGCCAUACCCAAGGAAGUAAAAUCAGCCUCUUUGAAAAAACCAACUGGAGCCAUUCCAAAGGGAGACACUGGGAUCAUCCGGAAGAGAGAAGCACCUCCACUUCCACCGAGAAGGGCUAUUUCUAAACCAACACCGGAAAUCCCCCCGAAACCCGCUGUCACAAUUCCGGAAGAGAAAGUUGGUCUUAUCCCGAAACACUCAGGAGCGAUACCGAGGAGAAAAACCACUCUUCCUCCUAAGACCGUGGAAGAGACGACAGCUACGGUUUCGGACUCAGCAACUGCAGCCUCUUCGAAAGAAACUACUAUCGAAAAAGAGGGAGAAGCUGCUGAGAAGACCGCAGCUGAUGAUACUCCGAAAAAAGACGCUAAGAAAACAACAACGUCCAAGCAAAAACGAGCGCCCGAUGACCCUAUUUUCGUCUAUAUCGGAUGCUGUUCGGACGUCGUUCUACUGGACCCAAAGAAGAGAGAAGAACACUUCAUGGGUUACUUGACGAUAAGAAAACGUCGGAGAAAAUCCCAAGAGCUGAGCUCUAUUCGCCGUGAACAGCUGCUUACGGAAUAUCUGUCUCGUAGCGUAUCCGACUACUUGCACCGUAACGCCGGCGAAUGGAAAUUUAACGCCUUCUAUUUCGACAAACUGGCCGGGGGACGUGGUCUCCCAGCCCUCUGUCUCCAUUUGUUCGAAGAACAUGGAUUGAUGGAGCACUUCAAUCUCGACAUUGUAAAAUGCUGGAAAUUAUUCACUCUCUUCGAGUCUGGAUAUCACAGCACCAAUCCCUAUCAUAACUCUAUUCACGCUACCGAUGUAACACAAGCGAUGCACUGCUUCCUGUUACAGGGUUCAAUCAGGGCGUUCAUUCGCCCGGUUGAAAUUAUAGCGUGCUUGCUAUCAGCAAUCGCGCACGAUAUUUUUCAUCCGGGUGUUAAUCAAGGCUUCCUGAUUGCAACCUGCAACCAUCUAGCAGAUCUAUACAGGAUACUCGAAGGGACAUCAGAGAACUUUUCCGUAUUGGAAAGCCAUCAUUGGCGUGCCGCUCUUAGUUGCAUCAUCGAGAGCGGUCUCUUGGAAGAAAGACCAGAUCUCCAAGAAGAGUUGAAGAUACAUUUAAAAGUGUUAAUCAUGGCGACAGACAUCACACGCCAGCACGAUUAUUUAAGUCGUUUUAAGAAAUUAUUAGACACAAAUACGCUGGAUAUGAGAAACCAGGAGCACCGAAUCCUGGUGCUCCAGAUCGCCUUGAAGUGCGCCGACAUUUCUAACCCGUGUCGGCCGUGGUCGGUCAGCCAGAAAUGGAGCGUCAAGGUUUGUGAGGAAUUCUUCCGUCAGGGAGACUACGAGAAGAUGCUCGAUCUACCUGUCACGCAACUAUGCGACAGAGACUCAACGUCGAUCCCCAAAAUACAAACCGGCUUCUUUAAAUUUAUCGUCACUCCCCUUAUAACGGAGUGGAACCGAUUCUUGGACAGCAAGCUGUCGAGUGAAAUGCGAGCGAAUCUCAAUUACAACGAAGUGCAGUGGGAACUAUUGAUGACCGAAGAGGUGGGGAGAGAGACGAGGCUCACUAUAAACGAAAUGGAGCGAAGAGUCGAAACGCUGAAGCCGCUUUCGGACACUAGCUACAAAAUACAUUUGACAGUGUACCCGCGACGCGCUUCCGCUGAUCCCGCUGGAUCUGAUGCAGCGACCGUUCUAGAACAAAUGCAAAAGUCUCCAGUGACAGUCACUGAAGAAUCCGGUAGAGGUUUAACAGAAGAUGAUCGCCAAGCGAUAGCUCGUGCCCUCCCCGCUGACGGCAGUUCUGUAACGCAAAGAUCAGAGCUGUCAGACCAGGAUGCCACACCAACCACACCGGUAUUCCUAAAGUGCUCCCUGAAAGUCACGAAAGGCAAGCAGAAGGAAGCGAUCAGGUCUGACGACGACAUGCUGCCGUCGAGGGAAACGCAGUCCCAACGGCGAGGCUCCGCCCCGGCGCCGAUCUGCCCCACAGAACUGAGAGGCGGUCCGUCUCGUGCCCGCGACGCUGGCUCGCGGCGCCGCGCCAGCCCGGUCGGUACCUGCCAACAGUGGCUGGCCCGCGCCAUGCCACGACGUAGUUCCUUACCCGUUGAGGUGAUGACAGGUAUAUCCUCUCGAUGAAGUGGGACCCUCAAAGUAAAUGUGAGGGUUCGAAGGAGCAGGGUGUCUGAAGCACGAGCCCCCCCGAAAACUUUGGAUGAUGUUUCCCUGAGAUUAAGUGUUCAAGAAAAAAAAAAAAAAAAACAUUUUAGUUUAGUGAGAUGGCAGUUAUUAAUCGUAUGUGUUGUCUCCGGGUUUUUUUGUUGUUGUUGUUGUGGUUUUCUAGUUUUACGGACUUCGCUGAUAUAAAUAGUUGGUGUUUAAUAUAUUAAUAUACCGUAUUGAUAUGAAACGAUCGUUCAGUGUGUGUCAGGCUUUAAAGUACGUAUUAAAUUUUUCGUAUUAAUUCAAUUCGUUAACUCGUUCAUAUUAUACAAAAUUAGCCACGAGUUGUUUAUGGUUAAGGUCGUUGCAAAUGCAGUGAGUAUA